AUGCCACUUUUUGGCUGGAUGAAGUGGUCAAAACGUGAUUCCUACAAACCCACACACUAUGCUGGCUCAGACGUAGUGACAAAGACUCUGCUUCGGGAACUAAAAUGGCAUCUAAAGGAGAGAGACAGAUUAAUACAAGAAAUCGAAAAUGAACAAAAAGUAAGAAAAACAGGUGUGGAUUACAACUGGCUGAGAAACUACCAGAAUUCUUACACAACUAUCCCAGCUACUGAACAAAGACAACUUGAAAUUCUUUGCUCACAAAUUCAACCUUGCCAAACUGGAACUGUUCUCAGCAGAUUUCGAGAAGUUUUGGCAGAAAACGAUGUGCUGCCAUGGGAAAUAGUCCACAUCUUCAAGCAAGUUCUGAGAGACUUCCUCGGCAGCUUGGACCAUGAGAGUCACGGAGACAGCCCACAGGAGACCCCAGAGACGGGCUGUCCCCCUCCCUCUGCACCGCCAGGUGCCCGUGCCCAGAGUUCGGGCAAAGACGAAAUACCUACCAUUUCUAGUUACGUAGACAGAAACAUACAGAACAGGUUCCCGUCAUGCUCAUACAGAAUAUGGAACCUACCAUAUUAUUACCCAUCAAGCUGGGGAGGCAUCUGA